GAUUAAAAUGAAAUUAUUUUUACUACAAAAACCACACCACAAAGAAGUAGAGGGCAGGGAAAAGAUAAGUCAAGUCACAACAUCCUAGGAAUUUGGUAGGAAAAGCAACAAUGAUCUCAAACUCAAAGAUGAAGCAAGCAGCAGAGCUGAUCUUCGUCCCAGUGCCAGGAAUUGGUCACUUGGUGUCGACCCUUGAAUUUGCAAAACGCCUAAUUGAUCGUGAUGAUCGACUUUUCAUCAAAAUCCUUUCCAUGAAGUUCCCCUUUACUUCCACUGCAGAUGCAUACACCAGAUCACUCACUGCUUCACAACCUCGAAUCCAAAUCAUAGAUCUUCCUCAGGUAGACCCUCCUCCAUCAUUAGAUCUAUCCGUCUCAACCGAAAACUACAUCUAUGUCUUCAUAGAGAAAAACAUACCCAACGUUAAAAAGGCUGUCACAGAUAUUCUAUCCUCCAACUCGGGUUCAUCCCAUGUUGUCGGUCUGGUCCUUGACUUUUUUUGCCUGUCCAUGAUUGAUGUGGGCACAGAACUCAAUCUCCCAUCUUAUUUAUUCUUAACUGCUAACUUAGGAUUUCUUUCUCUCAUGCUUUGUCUUCCAACUCGCCAUAACCAAAUAGGCACUGAAUUUAGCGAGUCAGAUCCUGAGUUCUUAAUCCCAGGGAUACUCAACCCAGUACCUUCUGGUGUUCUUCCUUCAGCGGUGUUUAACAAGCAUGGUGGCUACACUGCUUAUGUUAAGCUUGCUCAAAGGUUCAGAGACACCAAAGGAAUUAUGGUGAAUUCGUUCAGAGAAUUGGAGCCAUAUGCUUUUGAUUCAUUUUCCGAUGGCCAAACCCCUCCAGUCUACACGAUUGGACCAGUGCUUGACCUCAAGGGUCCACCUGACCCUGCUUUGGAUGAGGCUCAGCAUGACAACAUCAUGAAAUGGCUUGAUGAUCAACCUCCAUUGUCCGUGGUGUUUCUAUGCUUUGGAAGCAUGGGGAGCUUUGAUGAAACCCAAGUGAAAGAGAUGGCUCUUGGCCUAGAGAGUAGUGGACAUAGGUUCUUGUGGUCCCUGCGGUCACGCACCCCCAAUGCUUUGGCUGAUGAUGUCUUGCCAGAAGGUUUCUUGGAUCGGAUCAAAGGGAAGGGGAUGAUAUGUAGUGGGUGGGCACCACAGGUGGAGGUCUUGGCUCACAAAGCAAUAGGAGGAUUUGUAUCUCAUUGUGGAUGGAACUCCAUAUUGGAGAGCUUGUGGCAUGGUGUGCCUAUUGUAACGUGGCCUAUAUAUGCUGAGCAACAGCUUAAUGCAUAUAGGAUGGUGAAGGAGUUGGGGUUAGCGGUGGAGCUGAGGUUGGAUUAUAGGAAUGGUAGCAAUCUUGUGAUGGCUGAUGAGAUAGAGAGAGCUGUAAGACGUGUGGUGGAUGAUCAUGAGGUUAGGAAGAAGGUGAAGGAGAUGGGAGAGAUGGCCAGAAAAGCUUUGAUGGAUGGUGGUUCUUCGUUCAAUUCUAUUGGACAACUUAUUGAGGAUAUGAUAGGCACAAGUUGAAAUGCAGGGACAGAGCCACGUUCAGCUCUAUUGUACACUAGUUAUAUUACACCACUCAUAAUAAAUGUUUAAAAUUUACUAGUUUGCUGAGAUAAAAAGAUUCAGUUGAGAUAAUGUUUUGUACAUUCAAUAGGGAUGAUGCUUUGCUUGGCGUGUUUUGUUGGCAA